AUGAAGCUUGCGACUCUUGUCGCUAAUUUGCUGGUACUGAUCGCUAUGGUCAUAUUCGCGACUGGCUUCUUUCCCUACAAGCCGUUAUUGCAAGGGCACGCUUCAUUUGACGACUCAAGGGAAUACCGUAGACCGCCACAAAUCUAUAACAAGCUCAUAUUCAUGGUAGUCGAUGCUUUAAGAAGUGAUUUUGUCUACUCCGACGCGUCGGGUUUCUCGUUCACGCAAAGCUUGAUCCGAUCCGGUGUCGCUCUUCCUUUCACUGCUCAUGCCAGUCCUCCAACGGUGACUAUGCCUCGUCUGAAGGCUAUCACCACCGGUUCAGUGCCAUCCUUCUUGGACGUAAUCUUGAACAUAGCCGAGUCUGAUACGACUUCGACCCUUGCCAAUCAAGAUACGUGGCUAUCACAGCUUAAGGCUAGAUAUGAAGGACGCCUCGUCAUGUACGGAGAUGAUACUUGGUUGAAGCUGUUCCCAGGAAUGUUUGACAGAGCGGAUGGAACUACGAGCUUUUUUGUGUCGGAUUUCACUGAGGUAGACAAUAAUGUGACUCGCCAUAUUCCCGACGAACUUGCGCGGGAUGACUGGUCUACUCUGGUCAUGCAUUAUCUCGGUCUGGAUCAUAUCGGCCAUAAGGCUGGGCCGAAGAGCCCGAAUAUGCUCCCGAAACAACAUGAAAUGGAUGAUAUUGUGAAAGAAAUCUAUACCGCAAUAGAUACUCACGAACAUCUUCAGUCGACACUUCUUGUUCUCUGUGGUGACCACGGGAUGAAUGACGCUGGUAAUCAUGGCGGUUCGUCUGCGGGUGAGACAUCAGCAGCCCUUGUGUUCAUGUCGCCGAAAUUUGCGCAGAAGCAGUUCGAAAAUGCAUCACCCCUGGAAGCUGUUGAGGAUUUCCAAUACUAUCGCAGAGUCGAGCAGUCAGAUAUAACCCCUACAUUGGCAGGAUUGCUUGGCAUACCUAUCUCUACAAACAAUUUGGGCGUGUUCAUCCCGGAGCUUCUCACAAUGUGGGAUGAUGUUUCGGAAAGAGUCCAGCUUCUCUUGGAGAAUUGUAGCCAGAUGCUAGGAAUCGUUAAAGCCGCAUUUCCGAACAGGGCGUUUGACAAUACGCCGCCACUCCACCGCUGUGACUCCAAGGUGUCCGAUAUUGAAGAGCUCGAGUGCGCUUGGCAUCAAAUUUCCGACAUGCUCAUGGCGUCGGAUGGGCGCAAUGAUACUCUUGCUGAGAUCGAGUCCCACCUGUUCCGGUUUUCAUAUAUGGCGCAAGAGCUUAUGAGCCAUGCAGCUAGCAAUUAUGAUCUUUCCAGACUUUAUCAGGGACUAUUGUUCUCCGGGAUCGCCGUCCUACUCUCUCUUCCCGCGAUUUUUACUCCGCUGUCGAAAGCAAGCCGUACUGGCGUAUUCUUAAUUCUUAGUAUCGCAGGCUAUUGCUCAAUGAUGUUUGCAAGCAGCUAUGUCGAGGAGGAGCAACAGUUCUGGUAUUGGGUCGCCACUGGGUGGAUAUUCUAUCUGCAUAUCAGGUCGGCGAGAUCUGAUGCGGCUGAAUCACAAUUUCCCAGAAUGCAUGCCAUUGCUCUUAUGCUCACUUAUCGACUAAUGAGACGUUGGAAUCAGACGGGGCAAAAGUUUUCAGCUGAGCCCGACAUUGCACGAAACUUCUUACCUUCUCAUCCGACAUUAUUGUGGGCUCUUGUCCUUCUGACGUAUUUUGACUCUUGCCGUCGGAUGAUCUCUGCCUUUUCUGGAUCCAGAUUUGCGGUCAUUAAGAGGUCAAUAUCCCUUAUAGUAACAUGCCUGGCAUUGACAUUCAAGAUGUCUUUCACAGCAGCCGAUUCGCCAGCGCUCCUUGACCAUCCCCUGAUGAGCAAGUUUGUGGAUACAGUUGCGAGCAGGAUAUCGCUAAUAAUGCAAGCGAGACUUGUCUUCUUUGGCAUCGCAUUGGUUAUACUAUGCACUGUAUCUGAGAGGACGAGGCGCCGUCCUGGAAACACACGUACGAUUAUUCUACACGAGGCCUUAAGUUUACUUCUGAUAACUCAAUCGAGAGCAACAAACAUCCCGUUGUUUUUGGUCCUCCGAGCCCAGAAAUCCAUUCUUGAAACUAUGGACCUCACUGGACUAGAGAUCACCAUCAUAUCACUGAUUUCACAGUAUGUGAGCUUCUUCGCCUUCGGUGGAUCAAAUGCGAUAUCUUCCGUCGACUUAUCCAGCGCCUAUAAUGGGGUUGGCAACUACAACAUUCUCCUAGUCGGAUUCCUAACAUUCAUGAGUAAUUGGGCCGGACCAGUAUGGUGGGUGUCCGCGACACACCUUAUUCACCCACGUUGGGGCAAGGUAGACAGGCAAAACCACUUGGCAGUCCUGACCUUCCAUUCUACAAUGAUGCUGUUGUCUGUCAUGGCAGCAUGCACAGUCCUAAGGACACAUCUCUUUAUCUGGACAGUCUUCUCUCCUAAAUUUCUCUACACUGCAGCCUGGGUUGCAGCACAUCACAUUGUGAUUAAUGUGCUAGGUGAAAGUCUUGCAUUACUGUGUUUUUAA